AUGGCUUCUCCGAGAGAGAAUGUCAAUUUGUUAUUCAAGUUAUACUGCUUGGUCGUGAUGACUCUGGUGGCUGCAGCUUACACUAUAGCUUUAAGAUACACAAGGACUUCAGACAAAGAACUCUACUUUUCAACCACAGCCGUGUGUAUUACAGAAGUUAUAAAAUUAAUGCUAAGUGUGGGAAUUUUAGCUAAAGAAACUGGUAGCCUGAGUAGAUUUAAGACAUGUUUAAGAGAAAAUGUUUUGGGGAGCCCCAAGGAAUUGAUGAAGCUAAGUGUGCCAUCAUUAGUGUAUGCUGUCCAAAACAACAUGGCCUUCCUAGCGCUUAGCAAUCUGGAUGCUGCAGUAUACCAGGUGACUUACCAGUUGAAGAUUCCCUGUACUGCUUUAUGUACUGUUUUAAUGUUAAACCGGACACUCAGUAAAUUACAGUGGGUUUCAGUUUUUAUGCUGUGUGGAGGAGUCACACUUGUACAGUGGAAACCAGCACAAGCUACAAAAGUUGUGGUGGAACAGGAUCCAUUGUUAGGAUUUGGAGCAAUAGCAAUUGCUGUAUUGUGCUCAGGGUUUGCAGGAGUGUAUUUUGAAAAGGUUUUAAAGAGUUCAGAUACUUCUCUUUGGGUGAGAAACAUUCAGAUGUAUCUAUCAGGGAUUGUUGUGACAUUAGUUGGCGUCUACUUGUCAGAUGGAAAUGAAGUUAAAGAAAAAGGAUUUUUCUAUGGUUACACUUACUGUGUCUGGCUUGUUAUAUUUCUUGCAAGUGUUGGAGGCCUCUACACUUCCGUUGUGGUCAAGUACACGGAUAACAUCAUGAAAGGCUUCUCUGCAGCUGCUGCCAUUGUCCUUUCUACCAUUGCUUCAGUCAUGCUGUUUGGAUUACAGAUAACACUCACUUUUGCUCUAGGCGCCCUUCUUGUGUGUGUGUCGAUAUAUCUUUAUGGACUACCCAGACAAGACACUACAUCCAUUCAAGAAACCACUUCCAAAGAGAGAGUCCUUGGCGUGUGA